CGACUAUAACAUUGAAUAUCAAGUCGAGAAUUACGGUAUUGCAAUGGCAACAAACGAUGAUGAUAUUAUUGCUGCUCUCUAUUCCAAAUUCAACAUUAACCAGCAUGAGCAGUCGGAAUCGUAUGGUGUUCCGUUGUCCGCCAAUCUGUCUAAUGCUUGUGAGGUUACUAAGGAUGAUGCUUCAUUCACCGGUGACAAUGUUACGCCUAUCUCCAAUGUAGAUGGAAGCAGUAAGAAGGCGUCUUCUUGUGAAGUAAAACGCAAUCUAGGUGAAGUUUAUGAAGUAGAUGAUGCAUUACGUUGUUCUUCUACAAAGCGCCGCAUGAGUGAUGAGAUUGUCGAAGAUGAAGUUGUUGGUCUUUCUAAGACAUUGAUUCCGAAGACUGAGAAAUAAUUUCCUACAUUUUUAUAAACAAUAUUUGUGUUUGGUUUUUAUUAUGGUUUGUGUUUGAACACGUGGUUUUGCGUUUAUUAUGGAUUUUGAAUUGUUUGAUUUUAUAUGUGGGAUAAUCCUUGAAUGGUUUUUUAUUUGAUUUGAUUGUCGUAUUUUCUUUCAAAUCAUUGUUUUUGUUUUCUUA